AUGAGCGGCAAAAGGCUCAACAAGCGUCAGCUGCGCGAGCAGCAAGAGCUCGACGAGCUCGCAGACGUGCCUCUCCCCAAGGCAGCCGCCGCCUCAACCAAGUCGCCCUUCCAGCAGCUCAACGAGCCUUCCAAUGACGAGGUCAGCGAGGAAGACGAAGAGGAGGUCGAGACCGCCCCUGCACCCCGGACCGCUUCCAAAAGCAAGCCCACCACAACUUCGCUCUUUGCUGCGCUUGGAGAUACUGGUGACGACGCUGAACAGGACGACGAGGACGAUGCCUCGGAUGCAGAUAACGACAUUUCGACACAGCAAACAGCCGCGAAAAGCAGCAAGAAGAAGAACAAGAAGAAAAGGAAGAAGGCCGCCGCUGCAGCAGCAGCAGUGGCAGACCAAGGCGAUGCUGGAGAGGAUGUCACCGCCCCAACGCAGGAUGGCGAAACAAAGGCGGCUCCCGCCAAGUCGAGCGCCAAGAAAGCUUCGACCAAAAAGUCGUCGGUCCAGCAAUCAGGCACACCCACAGGCAAGGCAGCAGCCAAGUCCAAAGACGUCGCCGACAUGUCGAUCGACGAAUUCGAUGCGCUGCUCGCCUCGCAAGCCAGUCUGAACAGCGCCGAGGCUGCACGCAAUCCAUCGUCCUCAACCGCGGCUGCGGGUGCAACAGCAGGCCGUGUGUCGGCGUUCCGUACUCACCUCAGCCUGGACCCACGCCAUCUCGAUCCCGCAAUCGAGCUUCGUCGUCAGUUUGGCUCGGCCGCCAUCAAGGCGUACCAGAACGAGGCCGGGGGCGCCGCAGGCGGUGGUCGGGCGUCGAGUGGAGCGCGGGCGCGCGCGCAGGCCAACAAUCCGAACCUCAAGGUGCGCAGCCUGCUGUGCACGCCUAAGGACUACUGGCCGCCCAUCAGCCGCAGCUUCACGGGCAUGAGCAUGGACGUUGUCGACUCGGCCGCGCACGGCCGCGUGUGCGUGUGGAAGCACUCGCGCGCGUACCGCCAGGUGCAGAUGCAGUUCCUCCAGGCGGUGCGCUCGUACGAUCCCAACGCGCUCAUGGCGCUGCUGCGCGUGUAUCCGUACCACAUCGACACGCUGCUCCAGCUCUCCGAGUACUCGCGCCACCAGGGCGACCUGGGCCAGGCGGCCGACUUUAACGACCGCGCGCUUUUUGCGCUCGAGCGCUGCGCCAGCCCGUACUUCACCUCGUGCCUCUCGAGCACCUCGUCCGGCCCGCCCGUGGUGAGCUUCAACAAGAUCGAGAACCGCGCGUUCUACCUGGCGCUCCACCGGAAUAUUGGAUUUCUCGGGAGGAGGGGCACGUGGCGCACCGCGCUCGAGUGGGCCAAGCUGCUGCUGGGGCUGGGGCAGGAUGGAGAGGACCACCAUGCUGCGCUGCUGUGGAUCGACUUUCUCGCCAUCAAGUCGCGCCAGCACCGGUGGCUGCUCGAGCUCGUGCAGACGCUCGACGAGCAGCGUGCGCGGCGCGGCACCACGAGCGUCGCGCAUGUCGACGAGCUGUCGGUGCCCGCACGCACGGUCAUCGAUGAUACGGACAAGCAGCUCGCGGGCGAAGGCGAUGGCUAUGCGGGUACGCUCGACUGGUGUGUGGGCCUUGCAUAUGCACGUGCACUCGCCUACCGCGCGCUCGAGAAGGAAGAGUCGGAUAAAGCGGCUGCGGCCGCGCGCUCGCGUGCAGCUCUGCGUCUUGCGAUUGCACGCUUCCCCGGCGCAGUGCCGCUGCUGUGCAACAAGGUGGGCGUGGAUCUGCCGGACAAGAUCGCCACGCAUCCGCUGUUCCAGCUUGCGCCGCGGUACAGCGCGGACGACACGCUCGGCUCGCUGCUCAUCCACAUCUACGUGCUGCGCUCCGAGAGUCUCUGGAAGGAACCUGGGUAUGGCGAGUGGCUGCGCAGCACCGCCAUGGAGCUCACCGAGACGCUCGUGGCCGACUACGAGGGCAGGCGAAAGGCGCAGCCGGCCGUGGCGAGCCACAAUACGCGCCAGGGGAUCUACAGGCACGUGCUCGUGUCGGAUCUUCCGGACGCGGUGCGUCAGCAACUCGUCGCGUAUCUCCCGCCGAGUAUCACGGGGAGUUCGGAGCAGAUGGAUGCGUUCGAUCCCGUGCCUCCGCGCGCGGGCGUGUCGGAUACGGAUGCGGAUGGACUGGAGGUAACGCGGUACGACGACGAGUACUUUGCGCCCGUCCUGGCCGAUACUCCGGCAUCGCGAGGGCCAGCGCAGGCAGGCGGGGAACAGGGUGCGGGUAUUAUGCAGGCGUUCAGGAGGGCACUGCAGGGCAUGGCGGGCGUGCAGGGGUGGGACGCAGCCAUGGAGAACAUGGACGACGAGACGCGCGAGGACGUCAUGGCCCAGAUCAUGCACAUGGCCGAAGCGGCCCAGGGCGACAACAUGCCCGGCGCCUUUCGAGACGAUGUCGAUGGCGAGGCUGUAGCGGCGGAGGGCGAGCAGCAGCCACGUGCGCGGCCGUUUGCAGCGCUGCGUGCCGCCCUGGACGCCGUGUGGGGCGGCAACCCUCCGGCGCCCGCCGACGACCAUGUCCAAGACGACGACCACGCUCAGCACUGA